UCUCCCGUCCCCAGACCUGAGUUUGGGUCACAGCGGUUGGGUGUUGCCACUCUCCGGUCUCCCUGCUGGUAACUCCAACAGUCCUGGUCCCCUUCCCCAAACUAAACCACACAUCUGCAACUUUUAAGCAACAAAUUCAAAGUGAGAGAUCUUCCCUAAUCAUCAAAACCCUGCAAUGGAUCAGCACAAGUAUCGCACGGCGGGCGUCCAGGAGAAGCUGGAGAUCAUCGGGGUGGAGGACGAGGCAGGGAAUCCCAUCAGUGCCCUGACCAUCCUGUCUUUGCUGGAGCGCGUGGCCGGCAUCAUCGACAACGUCCAGUCCUGCCAGCAGCGUAUGGAGGAGCGUCAGCUGGACCUGGAGAACAACAUCAAGACCAUCCAGGGCGACGUCCUCAAACUGGCCAAGGACCACACCGACACCAGUGGCACGGUGGAGAAGCUCUUGCAGAAGACCCGCAAGGUCAGCGCCAACGUCAAGGAGGUCCGGACACGCGUUGAGAAGCAAAACGUCCGCGUCAAGAAGGUUGAAUCGACGCAGGAUGAGCUGCUCACCCGCAACAAGUUCCGCGUUGUCAUCUAUCAGGGUGAGACCGAGAUCCCGUCAGUGGCCGUCACUAAGUCUCCCAAAGGAUCUGGCCUGGAUGGGCUGGAGAUCGAGCCUGACUCCUACGACAUCCCAGUCGACCUCUCCUCUGAUGAAGAGUACCUGAGCGUGGAGGAGGCUGACUCCUCGAGAGCGGCCCGCAUCAAGAAGUCAAUGGCGAAGGGCACAGAGAGCCUGAAGGCCGCCUUCUCAAAGGAGAACAUGACCAAAACCAAAGACAACCUGGGCACCAAGUUCCACAACCUGGGCGAGAAGGUCAUGCCACCCGAGCGGAGGGACAAGAUGCACCAAGCUGGCGAGCGGCUGAAGCAGUCCGGCGAGCGGCUGAAGGAGAACAUCGCCAAGAAGGCUCCAAAUAAAGAGACCUUCCGCAUCAAACUGAAGAAGGAGAGAGCCGUUGCCGAGGGCCAGGAGGGCGCAGAGGCUGAGGCCGAGGCAGGGGCCGAGCUCCACAUCAAGGCCCCGACCGCAGACAAGCCAGUCGCCUACACUGAGGUCGCCAUGGAAACCAAGCGGGAGGGGCCAGUGGAGGAGGUUGGUGCCACCCGGAUAGGAGAAGAGGAUUACAGGAAGUAGACCAGACAUCAGAUCAUGAAGAGGAGGUGGAACAUCGGAGGAAGCUCAUAAUGCUGCGGAUUUAGAGAAGAAGGUCUGUGAUUGGUCGACAUUGAUGAUGGACAUUUUUCAUUGCCGGAACGUAUUAAAAAAGGAGAAGUUCUUGAGAUGCAUAUUGGUACUGACCCCAAAAACUCGUCAGAAUACCUACUGGUUAUUUAUUAAAUCUAUGUCAGGGUGUUUGAUUCAAGUCUAGUCAGUCUGUCAUCUGUUGACAGUUUUUAAGAAUGAUAUAAUUUAAACAACUUGACGUGAAUGUUUCCAAUGCUCUAAAAAGAAAAAUCAGGUUAGAAUUCGUUACAUUAUUUGUGAGUCCAAAAUUAAGCGAGAUCGCUAUGAGGUUGUGCUGUGAUUAGUUACCAUGGUUACAGGUUUGUUUGCAAGAUAACUGGAAGGAAAAGAAACGGUAGAUAAAGGAUGAUGCAUGUUGAUCUGAAGUUCGUGUAUUGCUCUUUUAUCUGGAUGUACAUAUGUUGUUGUACAUACUGCCAAAACUGGGGAGGUGAAAUCUGGUCGGUGCAGGUCUCAGCUGGUCUCUGAGACGCUUGGUGAGGACAUAAAAAUUAGAUUAAUUCAGCGUCAGACUGGUUUCUGUAUGCAAAACAGUGGGAAGAAGAUGAAGUUAGAGCAAACUUUGAGGUGCUUAAAGGUCCAGUGUGCAGGAUUUAGGGGGAUAUACUGGUAGAAAUGGAAUAUAAUAUAAUAAGUAUGUUUCCUUUAGUGUGUAAUCACCUGAAAAUAAGAAUCAUUGUGUUUAGGGGAGGGAGGGAGCAGGUCCUCGUCUACAGAGAUCACCAUGUUGCAUCACCAUGUUUCUACAGUAGCCCAGAACAUACAAAGCAAACACUGACUCCAGGUAAGGCCUUUUGAGUUUUUGCGAUGGCCACUGUAGUAAGGAGCCCCUCCAAGACCAGAGCGCCAGGAAAACACACAUUUAUUUAAUGUUUUUACGAGUUUAAACAACCAAGGUUAAUUCAGCUCCCGGUACAAACCUCCUGAAUGUCUGGAUCUUAAGUUAUCUGAGAAGAUAGACGAGCAGAACUUAGCAGGUGCUGGGCUAGCGGGCCGUCUCCAACAUGCCAAACAGCAUCAGAGAAACACUGAUUUGUUGCGUAAAGCUGCUUCAUUCAGUGUUUAAAUCACUCAGCCUGUUAGUUUGGAGAGGAGGAGACCUCUGUGGAUAAUUCAGCUCCCUGAAAAAAUUCUAAGCAAAAGUUUAAGGUGGUAACAAUCUGCAAUCCUCACCACUAGAUGCCACUAAAUCCCCCUAAAGCUCACACACUGGACCUUUAAAAGCGGCAUCGUUUAUGGCUUAGACAGACUUUAAAGCUGCACCAGGCAAAGAGAUUUAACUCAGCUUUGGGACUUGCUGCUACUUACAGGCUGACUUUGUUCAAAUGUCAAUGAAAACUGGAUUCACCGGCUAGCACUGACACGACUGCAUUCUCUUUAACGCCUUCAGUUUCACCUUGAAUUCGACUAACCUUUAGUUUUGCAUAUAUAUGUGUAGGUUUCCCCUGACGGAAAAAUCAUGACUCCAUAUCCAACAUCUGUGCUGCAUCACACAAAUUUCCCCCAAAUUCAUCCUGACACAUCUGGUAUCUUUGUAAAAUCUUUGUCCAGUGCAGCUUUAAGUUUGAUUGAGCAGCACAAACAGUCGUGAUAAAAACUUUGCAUGAACUUUACAGCAGCGCAGUCCUUUAUAGCUAGCUGUGACGCAGGCCUUAUAAUGAUUGACGUAUUAUAGACAUAAGACUGUAAUUACUGUUCUGAAAGAGAAUGUCGUGGGUUUAAGGCGGUCUGAGAUGAUGUGUUGGCGGCUUCAAAGCUUUGUGAGCACUGCUGAAUUUUGGCAUAUGAAUGUUUUAAUUUUAUUUGUCCAGUUUUGCUGCUUGAUAUUGAUAUUUUCUUUUGAGUUCAGUGAGCGCACUGGCUGUCUUCUCCUGGAGUGAUUAAUGAGGUCACAUCUGUCAUCAGGAUGAUUUCAGGAUGUUCAGUCACUCCUCGUAUUUUCUGUAGAAGCUUAGCUUAUAUAAUGCUGCUAUAUAUUAGUACAGUGUCUUAUUCUGAAAAAUACACUUCCUGUAUAGCUUUAAACUUCGGCUUCAUUUCGCAACCUGCUGUAUUUAUGUUCCUGGUGAGUGAAACUGUGUUGAUGUGAUGUGAUUGAUUUGGUUUGAACAUUUUGAAUAAGGUUUCAUCUCUUGCAUAUAUUAUCCUUUUUUCAUUUUUUGAUUACAGCUCAGUUUCCAUAUUGUGUUUUGUUGUCAUUUUUACAGUCACCUCAGUCCAGUGUUAAUGCUUUCCAAUGAAGAACAGCUGAUUGAGGACUUGUUUUGUUGUUUUGGCCUGUACUGUAUAAGCAGCACCAGACAUGAAUCAUUUUGUUUUUGUAUAAAUAAAGUUCUCAUGAAACCUGUAUGCUGGAUUAACAAAAAACAGAAACAACAUUA